AUGCAAGCUGCCAACAACCUCAUCGUCCUAGGGCGUGAAGAAGCAGGGGCUGAGAUGAUUUUCCAAAACAACGGAGUGGGCCUGCUGCUGCAGCUCAUGGACACCAAGAGGCCCGAGCUGGUGCUGGCCGCCGUGCGGACCCUGUCGGGCUUGUGCAGUGGCCACCGAGCGAGGGCCACGGUGAUUCUCCAUGCAGUCCGGAUAGACAGAAUCUGUGGCCUCAUGGCCGUGGAGAACGAGGAGAUGUCUCUGGCUGUCUGCAACCUGCUCCAGGCCAUCAUUGACUCUCUGUCAGGGGAGGACAAACGAGAACAUCGAGGCAAGGACGAAGCCCUGGUUCUAGACACCAAGAAGGACCUGAAGCAGAUCACCAGCCACCUGCUCGACAUGCUGGUCAGUAAGAAGGUGUCUGGCCAGGGCAGGGAUCAGGCCCUGAACCUGCUCAAUAAGAAUGUUCCUAGGAAGGACCUCGCCAUUCACGACAACUCACGUACCAUCUAUGUGGUGGAUAACGGCCUGAGGAAGAUCCUGAAGGUGGUGGGGCAGGUUCCAGAUUUGCCAUCCUGCCUGCCUCUGACCGACAACACCCGCAUGCUGGCCUCUAUCCUCAUCAACAAGCUCUACGAUGACCUUCGCUGUGACCCAGAGCGCGACCACUUCCGCAAGAUCUGUGAGGAGUACAUCACGGGCAAGUUUGACCCCCAAGACAUGGACAAGAACGUGAUUGCCAUUCAGACGGUGUCAGGGAUCCUGCAAGGCCCCUUUGACCUGGGCAAUCAGCUGUUAGGACUAAAAGGUGUGAUGGAGCUGAUGGUAGCGCUGUGCGGCUCGGAGCGUGAGGUAGACCAGCUGGUGGCCGUGGAGGCCCUCAUCCACGCGUCCACCAAGCUUAACCGCGCAACCUUCAUCAUCACCAAUGGCGUGUCACUGCUCAAAGAGAUCUACAAGACCACCAAAAGCGAGAAGAUCAAGAUCCGCACACUGGUGGGACUCUGUAAGCUUGGCUCCGCGGGAGGCACGGACUACGGCCUCAGGCAGUUUGCUGAAGGGUCCACAGAGAAGCUGGCCAAACAGUGUCGCAAGUGGCUGUGCAGUGCAUCCAUAGAUACCCGGACCCGGCGAUGGGCAGUGGAGGGCCUGGCCUACCUCACGCUAGAUGCCGACGUGAAAGACGACUUGGUCCAGGACAUCCCUGCCCUGCAGGCCAUGUUUGAGCUGGCCAAGACUACUGAUAAGACCAUCCUGUACUCAGUGGCCACCACCCUGGUGAACUGCACCAACAGCUACGAUGUCAAGGAGGUCAUCCCUGAGCUGGUGCAGCUCGCCAAGUUCUCCAAGCAGCACGUGCCCGAGGAGCACCCUAAGGACAAGAAGGACUUUAUAGACAUGCGUGUGAAGCGGCUUCUGAAGGCUGGGGUCACCUCCGCGCUGACCUGCAUGGUGAAAGCGGACAGUGCCAUCCUCACCGACCAGACCAAAGAGCUGCUGGCCAGGGUAUUCCUGGCACUCUGCGAUAACCCUAAAGACCGAGGAACCAUUGUGGCUCAAGGUGGUGGCAAGGCGCUGAUUCCCCUGGCCUUGGAGGGCACGGAUGUGGGCAAGGUGAAGGCCGCCCACGCUCUGGCAAAGAUCGCCGCCGUCUCUAAUCCAGACAUCGCCUUCCCGGGGGAACGGGUGUAUGAGGUGGUGCGGCCUCUCGUGAGUCUCCUGGACACACAGAGGGAUGGGCUCCAGAACUACGAGGCUCUCCUGGGCCUCACGAAUCUGUCUGGGCGGAGUGACAAACUCCGGCAAAAGAUCUUUAAGGAGAGGGCCUUGCCUGACAUUGAGAACUACAUGUUCGAGAAUCAUGACCAGCUGCGGCAGGCGGCCACUGAAUGCAUGUGCAAUAUGGUGGUGAACAAGGAGGUACAGGAGAGGUUCCUGGCUGAUGGGAAUGACCGGCUGAAGCUGGUGGUGCUGCUCUGCGGGGAGGAUGAUGACAAGGUGCAGAAUGCGGCCGCAGGGGCGCUGGCCAUGCUGACGGCAGCUCAUAAGAAACUGUGCCUCAAGAUGACCCAAGUGGUGAGAGCGGGUCCUGGGGGCAGGAAAGGGACUGCCUUGUGUGAUCCUCUGCGGGAAGACCAGCCUCCGCGCUAACACUUCCCAGGUCCCUGGGUAUCUGUUCCUCCCACCUUAGAAGGAGGGUCUACACCGUGUGGCCUCUUACAUCCAUUGUGGGGACUUCCCACAUGAGCUAACUUGGGUCCCUCCCACUGUAGUUUCACCCAGUGAUUUUGGUGGUGCUUAUAGCUCAGUACUUCAGAAUGAUAACAAGGAGGACCACACUAACACUAGCUACUGCUAUGGCACCCCCGAGCUCCCCAAGAAGACCAUGGACUUGGCGGGGGUACCGUAGGGAGCCUGUGGCUUGGCAAAGAGAUGGCAGGUCCUCUUAUGUGAACAUGAUGCUCAGAUCCUUUGGUGGGACUGUGGCCGUCUCAGCAAAGUGGUAUAUGCGCAAUCAUGAACAUGGCAGUGCAAAAUGAAAAUGUCUUCAUUUCACCGAACUGAACUUAGUUUGUGGGCAUCAAGUCCACUGAAGACAAAAAAUGUAAGCAUC